CUCAACGUACUUCUCUCUCCACAAACACACCACUUUUUCGUCUCCAAUUUAGACAUUCUUUGUUUCUUACGAUAAUGGGUAGAUCUCCUUGUUGUGAUGAUCAGAGUGGUUUGAAGAAAGGUCCAUGGACAACCGAAGAAGAUCAGAAGUUGGUUGAUUACAUUAACACAAAUGGCCAUGGAAGCUGGAGAGCUCUCCCCAAGCUUGCAGGCCUCAACAGGUGUGGCAAGAGUUGCAGGUUAAGGUGGACUAAUUACCUGAGGCCUGAUAUCAAGAGAGGUAAAUUCUCCGAAGAAGAGGAAAGAGUUAUCAUCAACCUUCAUGCAGUUGUUGGGAACAAGUGGUCUAAGAUUGCUACUCAUCUUCCGGGGCGAACUGAUAAUGAAAUCAAGAACUUUUGGAACACUCACCUGAGAAAGAAGCUGCUACAAAUGGGACUUGAUCCAAACACCCACAAGCCAAGGACAGACCUCAAUCACCUUCUGAAUCUUUCACAGUUGCUUAGCACGGCGAACGUUGGCAACAUGAUGACUAGUACUCCUUGGGACAAUGCACUGAGGCUACAAGCAAGUGCUGCACAGCUAGCAAAAAUGCAAUUACUGCAAAAUUUAUACAUGCAGGUUAUAAAUUCGUCAGUUGCACCUGAUAUAGACAACAAGACUAGUACUGGUCUUUUUGGUUCUCAGAAUAUUAACCUCUUUGGAGGGAACUUCAGCGGAGCAAGCACUAUGGUCGGAGGUCAAGAAUGGAAUCCUGAUAGCAUCCCUGGAGCACCUAAUGAGUUAAACACUAUUUCCAACUCACUGGAAGGGUUUGAAGGACUGAAUAGCAAUAUUAACACCAACUUGAUGAGCAGCUGCUAUGAUAUCCAGAGCUUUAAGAACCAAUUUGCUGAAUUAGUUUCAGCAUCAUCUCCUGGGAGUUCCACUACCAAUAACCAAAUCGAAAGCACGAGUACAGGUGAUAUUCCAGCUGCAGGUCAGUCAUCACCCACCUCCAUCUUUGAGGCUUGGGAGAAACUCAUGGAUGAUGAUACAAGUGAAUCCUACUGGAAAGAUAUUCUCCAAUCAAUGUCAUAACCACAUCAAAUCUAGCUCCUAGAAGAUAGGCCGUAUUAAUUUGAAGAACUUCUUCCCAACUUCAUACAGAAAAAUACUGCAUUCGUUAUUCAUUAAUAAAUAUUUGUUUUUUUUUUUUCUUAUAAAAAAGUUCUUUGUUUGAUGCAGCUGUGUGAAAAGAUACCUCCACAUUCUUGUAAUUAAACUUUGUAUUUACAGA